UUUACCUUACAAAUACACGCUUUACAUAGAUUUUUGUGUUAAUUCCAUGUCUCCAUCUCCGUAUCUUCACCCACCUACCACAUUCCAAAUUCUGCUUCUUGAUUUGCUCAACUCAAUUCGGUUUGCGCUCAAAUUCAACUACUCUUCGUUUCUAUGUUGGGGUUUGUUUUGUUUUUGUGAUCAAGUUUUGGAAGAAUGCUUGUGAAAUGGUAACCGAUUUGGGGUUUUUUGUCGAGGAUUUUAAUGGGUUUUACUCAUUUGGCGAUAUCGGUUGAUCACUAAACUCAAGGUUUUGUUGUUGAAGGAAUGUAUUUGAGAGAAUUUUGGUUCUUGUAAAGUAUAUUGUGUUGUUUUGUUGGAUUUUGCAAGAUGAAGAGAAGUAAAAGUGAGGCCAGUAGUGCUAGGAGGUUUAGGUUGUCACAUUUGUUGUUUGCUAUAGGCAUAUUAUACUUAGUUUUUAUAGCGUUUAAAUUCCCACAUUUUUUGGAGAUUGCGGCUAUGUUGAGUGGAGAUGAUAAUUAUGGUGGUUUGGAUGGAAACAUGGGGGAUAAUGUGGAUUCGGAUUUGGGUAAGCCUUUUUUUAGUUCUGUUUAUAAAGAUGCAUUUCACCGGAAACUAGAAGAUAAUGAAAAUCAAGAGGCACCGCUGAUGCCAAGGGAAGUGCUUCUGGAGAAGGGAAAAGGUGGGUCGAAACCUAUAAAGCCACUUCAGUUUCGAUAUGGUCGAAUAACGGGUGAGAUUAUGAAGCGAAGGAAUAAGACUAGUGAGUUGUCAGUGCUUGAGAGAAUGGCAGAUGAGGCAUGGACAAUAGGACUGAAGGCUUGGGAAGAAGUGAAUAAGGUUGAUGUGAAGGGGAUUGUUAAGAGUGAUGUUUAUGAGGGAAAGCCUGAGUCUUGUCCUUCUUGGAUAUCUAUGAGUGGAGAAGAGUUGGCAAGUGGGGAUAGGUUAAUGUUUCUUCCUUGUGGGCUUGCUGCUGGAUCUUCUAUUACAGUGGUGGGAACACCUCACUAUGCUCAUCAAGAGUUUGUGCCCAAGCUUACAAGGAUGAGGAAUGGUGAUGGGAUGGUUAAGGUUUCGCAAUUCAUGUUUGAAUUGCAAGGAUUGAAGUCGGUUGAUGGGGAGGAUCCACCAAAGAUUCUACAUUUGAAUCCUCGACUAAAAGGAGAUUGGAGCCGUCGGCCAGUCAUUGAGCACAAUACAUGCUAUAGGAUGCAAUGGGGGGCAGCUCAGAGAUGUGAUGGUUUACCGUCCAAGAAAGAUGAUGACUUGCUUGUUGAUGGACAUGUAAGGUGUGAGAAGUGGAUGCGGAAUGAUAUUGUAGACUCAAAAGACUCCAAAACAGCCUCUUGGUUCAAACGAUUUAUAGGGCGUGAGCAGAAACCAGAAGUUACCUGGCCAUUUCCUUUUUCUGAGGGUCGACUCUUUAUCCUGACGGUGCGAGCUGGUAUUGAUGGAUUCCAUAUUAGUGUUGGGGGAUGGCAUGUGACUUCUUUCCCUUAUCGAACGGGAUUUACACUUGAAGAUGCAACUGGUCUAGCAAUUAAAGGAGAUUUGGAUGUUCAUUCAGUUUAUGCAACCAAUCUUCCAGCCUCUCAUCCAAGUUUCUCACCUCAAAGAGUUCUGGAAAUGUCACCGAAGUGGAAAGCGGAUCCUUUACCUAAAACUCCUCUUCAUCUCUUUAUCGGUGUUCUGUCUGCUACUAAUCACUUUGCAGAACGCAUGGCAAUUAGGAAAACUUGGAUGCAGUCUUCAGCAAUCAAACAUUCAAAUGUUGCUGCCCGUUUCUUUGUUGCACUGAAUCCAAGAAAGGAGGUGAAUGCCAUGCUGAAGAAGGAAGCUGCAUACUUUGGUGACAUUAUCAUAUUGCCUUUUAUGGAUCGAUAUGAACUUGUGGUUCUUAAAACCAUUGCCAUUUGUGAGUUUGGGAUUCAGAAUGUGACAGCUGCAUACAUCAUGAAAUGUGAUGAUGACACGUUUGUUAGGGUGGAUACUGUCUUGAAAGAAAUUGAUGGCAUCUCUCGAAAGAGGUCCCUUUAUAUGGGCAAUCUCAACCUCUUACAUCGUCCUUUGCGAAAUGGGAAAUGGGCAGUCACUUACGAGGAGUGGCCAGAAGAAGUAUACCCUCCCUAUGCCAAUGGGCCUGGAUACGUUAUUUCCAGUGAUAUUGCCAAGUUUAUCGUGUCCAAACACGGCAAUCAGAGCCUAAGGCUGUUCAAGAUGGAGGAUGUGAGUAUGGGAAUGUGGGUUGAACAAUUUAAUAGUACGAAGCCUGUACAAUACUCACACAACUGGAAGUUUUGUCAAUAUGGAUGCAUGGAAGGUUAUUACACUGCUCAUUACCAAUCGCCGAGGCAGAUGAUAUGUCUAUGGGACAAGUUGGUUCGAGGUCGGGCACAAUGCUGCAACUUCAGAUGACAAGGCAAGUCUUUAUUGCUUAAUUCAUUGUGACCAUAAUUCCUAUAUUUUUCCCCUUGAUGAAUGAAAAUAUUGGAUCUGGAAAUGGGUGUUUUGGGGGAUACUGACACACGUUCAUUUUUGCCACUAGUAGUAGUAUUCUUUAGAUUGAGGAAGUAUAAUUGUAUAUGCAAAUGCUUAUCACACAUUUGGAAAUAUCAAAUUUUAGUGGAUGCAAAUGCUUAGAAGCUUCCUCAUUCUUGUGUUAUUUGCUUCUAUGUUUCAAUUUAUAUAAGCACAUCAAAGAUUUUUGCU